AUGUAUAAUCUGUGUUUUUUAAAUGAUGAGGAAAGUGCAAAUGCGACCAAGAGAGGUGGUAUUUCCUUUGGCUUGAUGAUUUUGCGCGUUACUAAAAGAAAUCCCAUUGAUUUCAAUGGUUAUGGCUGCUGGUGUGGAAUUGGUGGGAAAGGCAAACCCAAGGAUGAUUUGGACAGGUGAUAAUAUACAGUUCUCUUUGUAUAAGUAAUGCUCAUUGGUUUCAGUUUCUGGCGUGCGGCAAGUUGUUCAUGUUACUAUGGCAAAGUGAUUAAAAAUUCACUCUACAUUUCAUUUUGCACACACCACAAGGAGCUAAAAAAAUUAACUCGAUUAUGUACUCUAAACUCUGGUUUAUCUACUCUUAAAAGCUCUUCCUUGAUUAACUGAAUGUUUGAUAUGAUUAACAGUUUGACUAUUCAAAGCUAUGAUUCAUUUCAUUGAAAUAUUGGUCGACGCUUUUAUUGCCUCAGACAAUUAUGCGGGCUAUUUAUAAAGACGAGCCGUGUUUUUUUAUGUAGUUAUGGACUUCCUCUUUGGAUUACUCAUAUAAUACUCAGGUCGCCUUAGGCCUACUCUGAGACCUUAAUUCGCCUUAAGUCGCCCAGCUAAAGUCGCCUAAAGUUGCCUAAAGUCACCUUAAGUCGCCCUAAGUUUCCUUAGGUUGCUAUCGGUUACGCAAUGUCAUUAGGGUUCCACCCUUCCCAAUUGACCCUAUCCACUCCAAUCAUAGUUUUCUGCAGUUUUCUUAUGGUAUUGGGGUGUUUUGUCUAACUGAGGCAAGAAAACAACAAAUUGGUUGGGUCACUGAAAAGGACCCGUGCAAUUUUGGAUGUUGUUGGAAAGGCAUGCGACUUGCCAAACUUUCAUGCCAAAAUUGACAGUGCAAGUGCCAAAAAUAUGGGAGACAAGUUUACCAAGAUAACAAUUUUUUAUAAUUUGUGGAGCUUUGUGAAAUAUUUAAUACACGUAAAUAAUCAUGUUAUUUUUAAUUAAUUAUGUGGAAAAUUUAUGGAUAGUUUCAUCAAAAUUGUGUCUAAAAUAUUUAUGGCACUAUGUGUAUAUUUAUGAUAGGUUUGCUUGAUGUUGGGCAUAUAACCCAUAAUGUUUUCCUGGCUAUUUAUUUACUAGCUUUGACUGUAUAAUUUUACAAUAACUUUUGUGGUAAUUCUGUCUGAACAUUUUUGCUAAAUUGGUUUCCUGGCUAUUUAUUCACUAGCUUUGACUGUAUAAUUUAACAAUAACUGUUGUGGUAAUUCUGUCUGAACACUUUUUAGCUAAAUUGAUUUGAAAUCUGGAUAUAAGUAACCGAAACGACUGUUGUGUUUAUUGCAAGGGAUUCUGUAGACAUUUUUAAAGUUUAUGGAGAGACUGUUGCUAACUUCGGUUUUAUCGCUUCAGUCAAAUAAAAUCGCUUUAAGUCGCCUUAAAUCGCCUAGAGUCGCAAUAUUUUUUGUGCCAAUUUUGCUAAAGUCGCCUUAAGUCGCCUUAAAUCGCGCAAAGUCGCCUAAGGUUACGGCGACUUAAGGUCCCAGAGUAGGCCUUCGCCUUCAGCGAAUAUUUGUUAAGUGGUGACCUCGUAUUUUCAAACUGGUAUUUGUAGAGAAGAAAAGCUCUGUUGUAAAUGAAAGUUAUAGAGAUAGGCUUAUCUUAAGGUGCUGCCUGAGUCCUGACCAAUGCUAUGACAAGCUUAAGCUGUCGAAAGAUUUCCCGUUCAGUAAAGAGGUCUAUGUUUUGCCCUACUCAACAAAACGAAAUCUUCCUUUGAGAUGCAGGAAGUUUAAAAAUGACCUUCCAUCCACUAAAAAAUAG